UGAGUUGAAGCAUCAGACAUCUCGGAUGGGCGCUCCGUCCCUCUCACUCCCUCCUCCGUAACGUGUCCCUCUCUCUCUCUCUGUCGUCGUCUUCCUCCAUUAAAGCUCCAAUCGAAGACCGGAGGGGAGCUCCAGAUCUCAACCCCCCUUCUCUUUCUAUCUAUCUUGACUGGUGUUGUGCUGUGGUGGUGGAGACCGAUGGGGAAGCCCGUGGCGGUGGCGGUGCUGUUCGCCGUGGCGGCCCUCUGCCUGGCCGGCUCGGCGAGAUCCGAUGGGUCGGAUCAUCGGUACAAGGAGGGAGAUUCAGUCCCUCUCUAUGCCAACAAGGUCGGGCCGUUUCACAACCCGAGUGAAACAUACCGCUAUUUCGAUCUUCCAUACUGCAUGCCAGGUCAUAUGAAGGAAAAGAAGGAGGCUCUUGGUGAAGUACUGAAUGGGGAUCGUUUAGUUAGUGCUCCCUACAAACUGGACUUUCUAAAGGACAAGGAGUCGGAGUCUGUUUGCAAGAAAAGGCUGACCAAGGAAGAAGUUGCACGAUUCAGAUCUGCAGUUAUCAAGGACUAUUACUUUCAGAUGUACUAUGAUGACUUACCCAUCUGGGGUUUCAUAGGGAAGGUUGACAAGGAUGGCAAGGAUCCGAGUGACUACAAGUAUUUCCUGUACAAGCAUAUCCAUUUUGAUGUCUUUUACAACAAGGACCGCGUGAUCGAGAUCAAUGCCCGAACUGAUCCAAAUGCCCUUGUAGAUCUUACGGAGGAUAAGGAAGUAGAUGUCGAGUUUCUGUAUACAGUUAAGUGGAAGGAAACAACUACUCCUUUUGAGAAGAGGAUGGAUAAAUACUCCCAGUCAUCUUCUUUACCUCAUCAUUUGGAGAUCCAUUGGUUUUCAAUCAUAAAUUCAUGUGUCACAGUUCUUCUCUUAACUGGAUUUCUCGCCACAAUCCUCAUGCGUGUUCUCAAGAAUGACUUUGUCAAGUAUGCUCAUGAUGAGGAAUCAGCUGAAGAUCAAGAGGAGACCGGAUGGAAAUACAUCCAUGGUGACGUAUUUAGGUACCCCAAGCACAAGUCUCUGUUUGCUGCUGCUCUGGGUUCUGGCACCCAGCUCUUUACUCUUACUAUAUUCAUCUUUAUACUGGCAUUGGUUGGCGUGUUUUACCCCUAUAACCGAGGGGCUCUUUUUACUGCGCUGGUUGUAAUCUAUGCACUCACAUCAGGAAUUGCUGGCUAUACUGGUACCUCCUUUUACUGUCAAUUAGAAGGAACAAAUUGGGUUAGGAACCUACUGUUGACGGGAUGCCUCUUCUGUGGGCCUCUAUUUCUGACAUUCUGCUUCUUGAACACCGUGGCCAUUGCUUAUACUGCAACAGCUGCCCUUCCUUUUGGCACGAUCGUAGUGAUAGUUCUGAUAUGGACCCUUGUCACAUCUCCUUUGCUUGUGUUGGGAGGGAUUGCUGGGAAGAAUAGCAAGGCCGAGUUCCAAGCACCUUGCCGCACCACUAAAUAUCCAAGAGAAAUUCCACCUUUGCCAUGGUACAGGGGGACGAUUCCUCAAAUGGCAAUGGCAGGCUUCCUACCAUUCAGUGCGAUAUACAUUGAACUCUACUACAUAUUUGCCAGUGUCUGGGGUCACAGGAUCUAUACCAUAUACAGCAUUCUGUUCAUUGUGUUCAUCAUUCUCUUGAUAGUCACUGCUUUCAUCACCGUGGCUCUGACUUACUUCCAGCUUGCUGCUGAGGAUCAUGAAUGGUGGUGGAGGUCUUUCCUCUGCGGCGGAUCGACUGGCUUAUUUAUCUAUGCCUAUUGCCUCUACUACUACUAUGCGCGAUCCGACAUGUCUGGGUUCAUGCAGACCUCGUUUUUCUUCGGCUACAUGGCGUGCAUCUGCUACGGAUUCUUCCUCAUGCUAGGAACAGUUGGUUUCCGUGCUGCCCUUCUAUUUGUCCGCCACAUAUAUCGAUCCAUCAAGUGCGAGUAAGGAGUUAUUCAGCAGAACGGGAAGUUAUACAUUUGUUCCAUCUUUUUCCCCUCCAUUCAUCUAUGAUGUGCAGAGAAGCUUUCACAGUACCCUCAUAGUGCCUUCUCCUGUAACAGAAAUGCCGAAGCAAUGGCUUCACUUUUACGUGCCGCUUUUCGAGUUAGAAUGUUGCCCGACUGUUCAAAGAGCAGAUAGACUGUAUAACUAUUCAUUCAGUAUCUCUUUAAUACAAUUUUUUUUCCUCACUUCAA